CUUGUCCACACCACUCUGUUGCAUCAGAAGGGCGCCGAUGAGGGCGACGCGUAUGUAAAUUUCUGCUCAAGGUGCUGCAGGAUCCUAACUAAUGUCAAAUCACCAGCUAUCAUGAUGUAUCUGUCCGUCUUCCGCAAGUCGACAUUGCGGAUGUGGUAUCUGUUGAGGCGGUCUCUCCACAGCUCGGGGUCGUCUAGUAUGAUGCUCGUGGGAUCGAACUUCUGGGUAGACGGUUGGACAGUGACAGCGACAGCGACAGCGCGACAGCGACAGACGGCGAGGGAAGGUGUGUCACACACAUACAUGAGCGCGUGCCAUGGCAAAUCAAUAACUGAUUCAUUCCAGCAGCGUUUUCGACUUCGACAAAGGAAACGAGGUAACGAAUGUGUGUGUGUGUGCGAGUUGAAGUUGAAAGUGUGGCAGACAUCGUGGUCGACAUCAUUUAACGACGGCGACGAGGGCAUCUCCGAUUCCACACCAUUCCAACUCAGCCAGGUGCGCGGGCUCACAAGGUGGUGGCGUCGGGCGCCCAACAUCGCCGUCAAUGAUCCGUGGUUGUGA